GUGUGUCUAGGAAGCCCUCCCUGCUCAGCCCGCAGGGCCUUGUCCUGGCCCCUGGACAGAACCUGACCCUCCAGUGUCGCUCUGAUGUCGGCUAUGACAGAUUCGCUCUGUCCCAGGAGGGGGGACGUGGCCUCCCCCAGCACCCUGGCCAGCAGCCCCAGACUGGGCUGUCUCAGGCCGAAUUCCCCCUGGGCCCUGUGAGCGGCUCCCACGGGGGCCAGUACAGAUGCUACGGUGGACACAACCUCUCCUCCGAGUGGUCGGCCCCCAGCAACCCCCUGGACAUCCUGAUCGCAGGACAGAUCCCUGACAGACCCUCCUUAUCGGCACAGCCGGGCCCCAUGGUGGCCUCGGGCGAGGACGUGACCCUGCUGUGUCAGUCAUUGAGGAGGAUGGACACUUUCCUUCUGACCAAGGAGGGGGCAGCCGAUCCCCCCCUGCGUCUCAGAUCAGAGUCCAGAGCUCAACAGUACCAGGCUGAAUUCUCCAUGAGUCCUGUGACCUCAGCCCACGGGGGCACCUACAGGUGCUACGGCUCACUCAACACCUCCCCCUACCUGUUGUCACUGCCCAGUGACCCCCUGGAGCUCGUGGUCUCAGGUGACGACCCCAACCCCAUCCUCCCUAAGCUCAAAGGGUCAGCUCAGGGCCCUGCCCCAGAAUCAGAACCUCCGAGUGUCCCAGCCCCUCACCCCCAGGUCCUGACCCAGUGGCUGAAGGAAGCAGUUACCCUGAUCCCAGAGGAUCUUCCAUACUCAUCUCAAUCCUAUGCCCAAUAUUGA